AUGAUACAUUUACAAACUCCAAAAAGACCAUUAUAUCCACCAUUAACUCCAUCUACAAAUAAUAAUAAUGCUAAAUAUUCAUUACCACCAUUAUCGUCAGUAUUAUCAUCAUCAGCUUCGCAAUCAAAUUAUAUAAAAGAUCAUCCAUUAAAUAAUAGAUCUAGUUCAUUCUCGACUCCAUAUAGAUCCUUGCCAUCAAUUGAUUCAAUUACAAGCACCCCAAUUGAUACUUCGUAUAAUUAUAAUUUUGGUCAUAAUUCAUCAACUUCAUCAUUACCAUCAUCUACAACUUCUUCACAUUCAACUCAACAGCAUACACCAACUUCAAUAAGUUCUUCAAAAAAUGUUGAUUAUAGUUUAGAUGAAGCAGAUACAAGUAUUAUUGAAUCGAGAAAAUCAAAAUCAAAUAAUUCAAGUUCAAUUAAAUUAGAAUCUGUAGAUAAAGCAUAUGCAUUUAUUUCACAUUCACCAGCAACUUUCCCAUCUCAAGAACCUUCAAUUGAUAAUGCUCCAUUAGCAAGAAGAAAAAGAAGAAGAACUUCAAUUCAAGAAUUAAAUAUUUUAAAUAAAGAGUUUAAAUUAGGAACAACUCCGAAUAAAAUGAGAAGAUUUGAAAUUGCAAAAAAAGUUUCAAUGACAGAAAAAGCUGUCCAAAUUUGGUUUCAAAAUAAAAGACAGUCAUUAAGAAAGCAUCUGAAUUGUGAAAAAGAAAUAACUUUAUUACCUGAAGCACCACCAAUUCUAGAUCAACAAAUUCAAACUUUGUCAGUACUUCCACAACAAUUACCAAUGCCAAUGCCAGUAACACAACCACAACAAUUACAGUUAGAAAAACCAGUUUUAAUUUCAUCUACUCCAACAAAACCAAUUAUAAAUAAAUCAUUAUCAUUUGUUGGUUCUCCACAAUAUCAACAACCUCAACCUUCAAUUCCAUUACCGAGAUCAUAUUCAAUACCAGUUUUCAAACCAAUGCCAGCUAAAUCCACUACUCCACCUUAUCCAAAAGAAUUGGAAUCAACUACAAUGAUUCAAACAAAUAAAAAACAACCACAAUCAUUAAAUGGUGAUUCUUCAUCUACAAUGACUUUUAAAUUAAUUCCAUCAAAGAUUACUCAAAAAUUACAACAAGCAAUUACUUCAGAUAAAAAAUAUGCACCAAAUACAUCUCCAACUAGCAUAAAUACUUCAACAACUUCAUCUGUAAGAAAACCAUUAGGUGAUGUGACUAAUAAAAUUCAAUUACCUACAAUAAAAAAAUAA